AUGGGCAAAUUUAAUCUUCAUUCAGACAAGUCUGAGGCAUGGGCCAAUCAUGCCGAGACCGCUGCAGCUCGCGAAGCUGAAAUCAGAGCACCUGGGUCAAUCCCCAAGGAAAACUUCUGGCAACCGGGCGAAUGGGGAGACUGGACUGCAUUGGAAAAGAAGCUCGAGGAUGCGUACCACCAUCGCAAGGUGGAGCUUUUCAAGGCGAUGAAGAGUUUCAUCGAAGAAGCCUACAAGCCUGACACAGAUGAAAAGGAGCCCUCAGCUGAAGCUGUCAAGGCCGUUGCUACUAGCGUCGCCAAGGAUAUUGUGGUCUAUCUGCUGGUUCAGUCGGGAAUGUACGAUCAUGAGGGCGCGAGCAUGGCAGAAAGCUUGGCAAAAAAGCAAGCUGUCAGCGCCUCGAGAAUAGAUAUAUCCGGUCCAUCGCUGGAGAGAAUCAAGGAGGCGUAUAAGGAAAAGAAAUCUAUCGCAGACAUUCUUUCAUUUGAAAUGAACAAUGAUAUCAAGACCCUCGACAUGUACAUCACAGUGAUGGAGCCUCUCGAGGAGAUUGCCGAAAGCAAAAAGCAGAUCAUAUCCAUCUUCGAUCCUUCCAAGGUGCAUAUCUACCAUGGAUUUUCAAAGGACGACAAAUGGGAUAUGGAUCGAGCCCAAAGAGCAAUAAAAGCGAUCAAAAGUAAAGGGUAUAUGAUCAGAAACAGGGAUAAAUUCACAGCCUUCUUCGACACCGAUGAGAAAGCCGCCAUUUUCGGGGAAAUGUUCCAGGAUGUUGAAUGGUCAAAUGACCUGGAGAACAUCCAAAUGGAGCGAUCGAUCCUUGAAGCUCUCCUAGAGGCCAAAGGAAUCCUGGCUUUGCUGCUGAAGUUUAUGGUCGAUAAAGUGGAUGGCGAUGCGAUCGCCAAGGUUGAUAAGGUGAAAGGAAGAUUGCAAACACUCAAUGAAGCUGGCAGGCAUGCAUUGACUAUGGACUUGCUUAAAGAUCUUUGA